AUGAGAUUGCGUCUAACAGCAUCAUUUCUAGGAGGGCGCACAGCAUGGUCCAGCACCGUCACGGUAGCGGGCCACCAGGUUCCCGCACGCUACUGGUACGACGGCAGCAGGGUCAACCAGGCUAAGGAGGACGCCGCCGAGGUGGCUCUGCAGCGGAUGGGCAUGGCUUCGACAGCGCCCGCGCAGCAGCGCUGGUAUGGUGCCUUGAACCCUUGA